UUAUAGCAGUGUAUGCUGGCUUAGAAGUAAGAACUUGCCCUCUCUCUAAAGCAUAAUAUGUUUACAAGGCUUCAUUAAUCUAUCACUAACAUCCAUCAUGUCAUCCUUUAGGAGGUUCAUGUUAAAAAUAGUAAAUGUUGUGUCUUUGUUUCUCAUAUCACAAGCUAAAAACAGUUGAAUGAAUUUCAUUUAUCAUUUUAUUUCAAGUCACAAAUUCUCGGCAGAUCUACAUAUGAACGUGAGAAUUAUCUUAAAUUUCUAUAAAUAGUCCCUUUAAUCAUAAACAAUAUCCAACAUGUGCAGAGUUCCAUUAUAAUUCAUGUAUGAAUUUUUUUUUUUAAUUCAACUUUACUGACACUUUGACUAAUAUGUUUUCCUAUAUCCUUGCAAUACCAGCUAUCCCGUUAACCAUGUCAGCUGGUCUGCUAUUUGGUUAUAUUAUUGGCACUAUCAUUGUCUCUAUUAGUGGAACGGUGGCUGCAAGUGUUUCCUUUCUAAUUACCAGAUAUUUUUGCCGUGAUCGUAUUCUUAAAUUGGUGGAAGGAAACAAGAAAUUUCUUGCGAUUGACAAGACAAGAAAUGCAACAGGGUUAGUUGCUCCAGCUAUUGCCGUGAGUAUAGGUGUCUUAACAUAUACAUUGGGCACCCUCGUCCCUAUGAUAGGAGCAAGUGGAUUUGCUACAGUUGCACCUGUAACUGCUAUAGAAACUGUUGCCGGUAGUUUUAGAUAA